UGCGGGAUCUUAGUUCCUGACCGGGGAUCAAACCUGCGCCCCCUGCAGUGGAAGUGCAGAGUCUCAACCACUGGACUUCCAGGGAAGUCUCCCAGACUUACCGCUCUUGAUUGCCAAUAUUUGCACCAGCUUCUAUGGAAAACAGUAGCAUUCUGGCUUUCUUGGCCUAAGGAUAUUCAGCAUUUCCUUUCUGAAGAGAAAUUGGAAGCUCAUAUGACAGGCAAAGGAGGGCAAAUCUCAACAUGGAGAAGGUCUACAGAGAAAAUGAAGGAAAGCCAGAAAAUGAAGGAAACCCAGACAAUGAGGGAAAGUCAAAAGAUGCAGUAGAUACAGAAGAUGAAGGAAAGUCAGAUGAGGAAGAAAAGCCAGAAGUGGAGGGGAAGUCAGAACAUGAGCAGGAGCUCCAGAAUGAGGGACGGCCAGAAGACGAGGGACAGCCAGAAGAUGAGGGGAAGCGAGAAAAGCAGGGCAAGUCCGAAGCUGAGGGAAAACCACACGGUGAGGGCAAGCUGGAAUCCCAGGCAAAGCCAGAGAGUCAGCCGCGGGCUGCCGAAAAGUGCCCCGCUGAAGACUAUGUGCCCCGGAAAGCAAAAAGAAAAACGGAGAGGGGGAUGGAUGAUUCCCCCAAGGACUAUCAGGACAACUUACGAAGGCAUCUGGGCAGUGAGGAGAUGAUGAGAGAAUGUGCAGAUAUGUCAAGGGCUCAGGAAGAGUUAAGGAAAAGACAGAAAAUGGGUGGUUUUCAUUGGAUGCAAACAGAUGUACAGGAUCCAUUCACCCAAGGGGCCAACGGCGUGUCAGGGGAAUGA